UGACUCAGCUGCAGGAAGCCAUGCUUAUCCUUUUCAUGUCUCCUCCUCCUCCUCCUCCCUGCCUCAUCCUUUCUCCCUGCUCUUCCUCUGUCUUUCUCUCUCACAUUCAUAGGUCUUGGUCAGGUGCAUGAACAUGGACAUAGAAACAAAUGAAUGCAACAGCAGCAAGAAAACCAAAUCUGAGCAUUAUUUUGGUGAGACCAGAUCUUAAACAGCUUUCAGGAGAGAAAGACCGGGUGUGAGUGUGAGUGAGUGCAGGAAGAUGGAGGACACUCAGCCGAUGGAGGAGAGGAGGGAGGACGGUUCGAGGGCUUCAGGAGCCAAUGCGUCCCUCUCCCCAGCAACUUUAAGCCCGGCUGUUCCACCUUAUGUGAAGCUGGGCUUGACGGUGGCCUACACGGCUUUCUACUCACUGCUCUUCGCAUUUGUGUAUGCCCAGCUGUGGCUGGUUCUCCGCUACCGACACAAGCGUUUCAGCUACAAGACAGUGUUCCUCUUCCUGUGCCUGCUGUGGGCGGCUCUGCGUGCCCUGCUGUUCUCCUUUUACUUUAGGGACUGUGUGACAGCCAACGCUCUUGGGCCUUUUGCCUUCUGGCUGCUCUACUGCUUUCCAGUGUGCCUGCAGUUUUUCACACUCAGCCUGAUGAACCUCUACUGUGCACAGGUUUUCUUUAAGGCCAAAUCGAAGUAUUCUCCUCAUUUGCUCAAGUACAAGUUCCCUUUGUACCUGGUCUUUGUUGGUGCUAGUCUGCUCUUCCUUUUGGUGAACCUGGCAUGUGCUUUGCUGGUUAAAAUGACGGAUGCACAAGUUAAGACUAUCGUUUUGGUGCGUGUCACCAUUAACGACUCCCUUUUCGUGCUCUGUGCAAUCUCCCUCUCCGUCUGUCUCUACAAGGUGGCCAAGAUGUCCCUUGCCAGUAUCUACCUAGAAUCCAAGGGGACCUCUGUAUGUCAGGUGACUCUAAUUGGCAUCAUGGUGAUUCUCCUGUAUACGUCUCGCGCCUGCUACAAUCUCAUCGUUUUAGCUUUAGCGGACAUCGAAAACAUUAAUUCUUUCGAUUAUGACUGGUACAACGUGUCUGACCAGGCAGACCUGAGGUCCAAUCUGGGUGAUGCUGGAUAUGUAGUGUUUGGGGUGAUUCUUUUUGUCUGGGAACUUCUGCCCACCUCUCUGGUGGUUUUCUUCUUCAGGGUUCGCAAGCCAGCACAAGACAGGAGUGCAUCUGCCAUCCCCAGUCACGUCUUUUCCACCAAACGCUACUUCUUUGACAAUCCUCGACGAUAUGACAGUGAUGACGAUCUGGCCUGGGGAUCCUAUCCUCAGAAUUCUUCAACAAGUUUGUCCUCGGACUGCUAUGACUGGGGCAGCCGGAGCAGCAGCUUCCUCAUAAACCUGGGUGGAGAAAAUCAGCGAUCGUCACCAAGCCUAAACCAUUAACACAGGCGGCUCUUUGUAAAUAUUUUUCGAUGCACUGCACUUUAACAUUUACACCUGCAUAUAUGGGUCUUUACAAUUGACUAACACUUCCGAGGCACACGCCAACAAGCCGGGGGAAUGUGCAAAGUGAGAUCUAAUGAAGGCAUGUGUUACCAUGGUAAUCAUGGUUAAGUGAUUCAUGGGCUACUAUGGUAACCCUGUCCGACUGCAUUGUAUUCUCUCACACUGUAACUAAUGUAAAAAAAAAGGUACACUAAUCAAGAUUUCAGCUGUCCCGUCUUCAAUCAAAAGGGCACAAAUAUCACAUGUAAGUCAUAGUUGUUAAUGUAGUACACACGUAGGGAAACAUAGUAGAAAUCUGUAGACACUAAUUAUUCUUGCUCACACACACUCACACACAAUGGGAAAGAUACACAUAGUUCCGUUUUAAUUAUCGUAAGGAAUUGAAGAAUUCUUUCAAACUAAUCUUAAUUGGAGUACCUUUAACUCUGCUGCGCACUAAUAACUUCACAUUAUCAUAUACACAAGUGAAAAUAUCAACCAUAAAACAAGCUAUUAUUUACAGCAUGAAUAACAAAUUUGCUACAUUUGUGUUGACAAUGAAAAAAUAUAGAAAAAGACAAGAAAUACUGCUCGUUCUAGCAUUUGUUCCCAUCAAAGGAAUAAGCGCCUUCAUUUCUUCUGCAGUAUUUCGUGCCUUUUAUUUCUCGCUUUUUGUGAAAAUAAGCUUUUAAUGGGUUUGUUGGUAAAAAGUAUUUUGUUGAGCACAAGAUUGUAAAGGUUCCCCAAUAAAGAACUAUUUUGAUGUUUGAA